AUGUUUUCAACGCGUAUUCAUACCUUCGAAGUAACUGGCGACAAUCCCAUCACCUACGUUAUCGAACCUCACUUUGCAGGCAAUGCUGUCACGCAAUGCAUUGCAGCUUUCUUUACAUUCUUGUACAACCAGGUCGUCAUUUUCUGUCAUCAUCCCCUCAAUUGGAUUUCGGAUACGCUCAAAUGGUUGUUGUACCAGUUUUGGAACUGUCCUAUAGUUAUCCAGAUCUCUAUCGCUUUAAUCUCUGCUUACAUCAUCUACCGGGCUGUUCGUGCUCUCAAUGCUGCUAUUCAAACCCACUUGGAUGCCGGUAAAGGUGGAACUCCGGCAGAUGGAUGGGGAUGGUGGCGCCUCUGCAGACUUUGCUUGAUGGGUGAAAUCCCCAACAUCCGCGAGAUCCACGUUAGUCCAUUCCUCAAACCAUACCGUGGUAUUCUUCAUGCAGAGGAUAUUCCUGCACGAGAAGGUCCCAGCCCUACCAUCAUCGGAAUUGCUCCUCAACGUCAAGAGAACCAGAAGACCACAGUCAACCAAUUUGAGACUGUUCAGGAACGUCUCCGGCAAAAGGCACUUGCAUAUCCUCGUGAUCUCGUAUUCGAAAGCUCAUUCCUUGAGCGGCUUGGAGACCACCCCGCUGUGCGAGGCAAGCCUGCAUGGUCCACUGCGACACCUUACACCAACCGUACUGAACGUUCUUGGAUCAAGAGAUUUGGCUACGAAAUUGCUCAUGCUCACCAGGCAGAUGGUAGUUUGCAUGUGAUUCUUCACCCUUACGAUGUGCGAACAGUCAUCGAGCAAGGCUGGGGUCAACGCCAUCCUCUUGCUUCUACUUCGGCGCACUGGAUGUUUUACUGGGAUAACAUUCAGUCAUUGUGGAACCCUGAUUCACGACCUCCUAUUCCAGAGACGCUCAUAGUUGAUGCUGCGAUCUGGUUCUUUACUGGUGAAGAAGUUGAUUCAAACAUGGGCAAGGGAAGUAAACUCAAGGACCGGUAUGUUGACGAGUUCAACGGAGAUGGGUCCCUCAAGGUUCAAGGAGAGCUUGACGCAGGCUGGCCGACGACACAUUUAAAGCCCAGCACAGCUGCAGACGCCCGAGCAGAUGAUGUCCAAGCGUACGACAGAGCCGUAAGUCAAGCAGCAACACCAAGGGAAAGAGACGCUCCAUUUUUUCGACCAGGCAAUACCGAUGAGGAGAGGAUCGUUUAUGCAGCACUUGAAAACGUUGUUGAGAAACGCACGGCUGCUAAGGUCAAGCCACCUAACAUAGUUGUCAUCGCGGACCUUGCCAAAGAUUACGACGAUUUGACGGCAAUGAUUGUCUUGAAAGAGCUUCACCGACUCGGUCUGAUCGAACUCAAAGGUUUUGUUGCAAACUUGAUGCCAGCGGAAGAACGGGCUCGAUAUGGCAGAGGAGCACUUGACCUACUCGGUCUCGAGAAGAUCCAAAUUGCCAUCGGCACUGACGGAUCUCCUAUCAACCAUGAGGUACACUCCUACUAG